CUUGUGUUGAUCAUGUUGAUGGCUUGUGUUUCAAAAAAGGUUUUCAUUGUUUUAGAAAUUAUUUCUGAACAUACAAAGAGGGUUUUUAACUUUCCUGAAUGAGAUAGAAGCAGGAAGAAUCGGUCGUACUUGUUAAUCAAACCGUAUUCAGCUGAACAUCGUUCUUGUAAACAAGAUGGAGGACCCAAGGUUCACACGUGUUGCCCAAGAUCCUCGCUUCAAAGUGAGUAACCAUCUACUUAAUCUCCUUCAUUAACGUGCAGGUUUAUUCUUUAUGCAUGAAAUACGAAGAAAGUUUGUCUGAAAUCGAAGUGAAUACUGAAUGUCUUCCAGUUCAGUACUGUGUAUGUCAUGUUUCAUAGUUAACCUGAGUUAACUUUUCAUCUCCGAUGAUUUUUUGUUUUCUUUCGGGUUUGCUAAUGAAUGCUAAUGAAGUUGAAACAAGGAAAGAAUAAAAAUAACCAGAGAUGAAAAAUUUAGUACAACAUACAUAUUGGGUAAUAAUCAUUUUUUCUACGUGUUUGUUGAUACUUGACUGCUGGAAAUUUUGGUUUAAUCUUAAUGUUUCUUUAUUCAGAAAAUCUCUCGUAAAGAGAGGAAACUUAAGAUCGAUGGACGGUUUGAGAAAAUGUUUACAGAUAAAAGCUUCACAACAAAGUGUAAGUAAUAGAGAGGUCUUGUAUCUACAUGUUAAUAAAGCUUUUGACUGCAUGUGUGUCCUGUGGCAUCUUUAGAAGAAGAAAAAAUACAAAUUAUAAAGUGUAAAAUAUCAAUAUAUCGUAAUGUAAAUAUAUUUUUACCCACAGAUUUUGUUGACAAACGUGGCUCAAGAGUUGAGAAAACAUCAAAGGAAGAUCUCCACAGAUUUUAUGAAAUGUCAGAUGAAUCUGACAAAGGUAGGAUUUCCACUGUCAGUGAAAGUAUCAUCAACUUAAUAAUUAACCCGUAAACUUUUUAGUCUUGCCUUAAAAAUGAAGCUAUUUUGUUGUUUGCUUUCACAGAAGAUGAGGAUGAGGAAUUUCAACCAAAAGAAAAAGAAAGAAAGGAAUUAACAGAGAAAAAAGUGGCAAAGAGGUGCUUAAUGAAGACCAUCAUUUUUAAUUUACUAUACUUAAUAAAAGUGAUGUCUUGUUAAGCCUUAAGUUCUUUGCAAAUAUCUUUUUGUUAAUAGCUAAGUGGAAAGCUAAAUUAGUGGGUCCAUGAAGAAAAUUUUUGUGGUUCAAACAAUGACCAAAAUGACGAAAGCAUUUGUCAAAGAGUUAUUCACAUGUAUUAUGAAUUGUUAAUCAGUCAGGAAGCUAAUAUUGUUUAAUAUAAUUAUAACCAUUGUUUGUUUUUUCUAGCAAAUCUAAGAAAGAAAAGGCAGUUAAAAAAGAUGGCUGGAAAAUGAAAAAGAAACUACAAAUGCAGGAAAAUGAUGAUAACAAAGGGGUGGGUAAGAAAAGUUCCAAAAAUAUAAGAAGCAGGAAGGAAGAUGAAGAUGAGAAUGGCAGCAGUUCAGAGGAGGAUAUAGAUCUCAGCAGGGGAGAAGGAGAUGUUCAAUCGUCUUCUGAAGAAGAGGAUGAAGGGCAACUAAAGUUGAAAAUAAAAGAUGUGAGUUUAUAUUAUUACCUACUGUUGUAACAUUACUAUCAGGCGUGAAUCUAUACACGUUUUUCCCAUUUUAUGGAAAAUGGGCAGAUUUCUCAGAAUCAUUAUUUUAAUUUUUUUUUUCAAAUACAAGAAAAUUUCAAAUUCUCUGGUACUGAUACGCUCAGUCUAUGGUGAAUGUUCUACCAGAGUAACUCAAAGACCCUCUUCUGAGUAAAGCCAAGCCAAGAAAAGGUAUUCAAGGGAGUUAAAUCCGAAAACUUUCCCAAACCUCCCUUGGCACUUGUUAUUUCAGAAAACAAUCACUAUUUUUCCUAGAUCUGCCUAUGAUUAUUUAUGCUACCAUGACAAAUUCCCGCUAGUGGGUUGGUUUACCAGUUCCUUAAUCUUAUUGGAUGGAAAAUAUCAAGCCCACUUACCUGUAAAUGUUAUUAUUGUAUAAUUAAUAUUUAUUGAUAUAACAGGAUGAAAUUGAGCACCCAUGGGGUGAAAUGGAUGUUUCAACAAAAACAACAAAAGAUUCAACAAGACGUCUUGCGGUGUGCAACCUGGAUUGGGACAGAGUAACGGCAACAGACCUGUUUGGUAAGUUACAUACUCAGGUUUCUCUUCCUCUCUUUCUCCUCCUUGUUUUAGUGUUAUUUGAUGCAAAAUAUGUGUAGUAGGGACUCUUAGACUGGACUACAGGUACAAGUUAUUUUAAUGCCUGUAUUGAACAAAUAACUUAUUUCAUUGCUGCUGUUUUAAUUAAUCUGGUCUUUUGAUUAUUUCUUAGUGUUGUUUAAUUCCUUCAAGCCUAGGGAUGGUGUCAUAAAAUCAGUCAAGGUAACUUAAAUAUUUUGUCAACUUCUCCCCACUACUUCUGUAGGAAAUGAAUAGGGGCAGCAAAUGAGAAUUCAAAUUUUGAUCUUAGGGUUUAAAGGGUUAAACUCUACUCUUUGUUCCAGAUAAGAGGGAGUCUUUCUUCAGGCCUGCAGUUUACGCAUGCAAUUUCUUGUGCAAUAAUAUUUUUCUGGUGCUCAAAGUCAUCAAAUUAUUGCAGUGUAAACUAGUAGGGAUUUUUUGUGCAGUUGGUCAGUGUGAACAUAGUGAACGAAAGACACUUUAUUUUAAUAGGGCACAUAUUACAGUCAGGCUGUAGUCGCCCUUAUGGUCCUAUGAAACUCAAAUACAAUGAUAAUUACAAAAAUACCAAAAUAUUAAAAUCCUUAAAUGGUAAAUACUUAAGUACUAAAAGUUAAUGAUUAAAAUAUCAAGUUAUUUUAAAAACUGAAAAAAGUUAUGUCAAUUGUAAAGCUCUCAAGUGUGAAUUUACAGUAAGUUAUUUUACAGUUAUGCUACUGCCUCGAUAGUUUGUCUGUAACAAUAAUAUUUACUAGAGUAUUUCUUUCCACUGCAGAUUUAUCCUUCUGAUUAUGGCUUGGAACAAAUGCAAAAAGAGGAGUGCCUUGGACCUGUUGAACUAAAAGAUGAUGAAGGUGGAAGUGAAAACUUGAAUGAAAAUGGAAAUACAGAGGUAAGAUGUAAAAAUUCUUGGUCUUACUUAGCAUAAUGAACAGAGUCAAACUAAUAAUAAUUUAAGAGAGGGAAUCCAGUUCAAUAGUUAUUAUGACAUGCAACCAAUCUCUUUCUUAAUCCCUCAGGGCUCAGGGUUUUCCAUGGAGAAACUUCGCCAAUACCAGUUAAACAGACUUAAGUAUUACUAUGCAGUGAUGGAUUGUGAUUCACCAGGUAUGGCUUAAUAGGGGUAGGAAAGGUAUACAUAUGAAAGACACUCACCUUCCUCUGUGAGACAGUGUAACCCUUCAGCAAACACCAGAGACCAGGCUGUUACCUGUUGUAGUUGGGGCAGGGCUUGUUUGCUUAGCCACCAACAUCCUUGCACUUAGGCAGGGACCUUUUACUUCCUGAACUCUUUGUUUGCAAACCCAAGCCUUGAGAUAGAGGACACAAAUCUGUUCCCUUCAGUUGAUGAACAAAUAGCCCACUACAUAACAUGUGUUUAACUUACAUCUGACUUUACAAACCCUUAUGUAAAUGUAAACUCUUACACAUGCACUGAACACAUAUUUUUCAUUACUAGAUUGUAUUUCACUAUUACAUUGUCAAAGCUGUCAGUAACAAAAGCUCGUUACAAAAUUAGCGUAUUAUAAUUCAACUAUAUAGCUUGAGAUAAUUAUUUUCCAUGCAUAGCAUUGUUGCAUAUUGGACAAAUUUUGAGUAACCUCUUUUCCUUUCUUAUGUAAGGGACUGCUGAAGUUCUGUAUGACGAAUGUGAUGGAACAGAGUUUGAACUGAGUGGUAAUAUACUUGACCUUAGGUAUAUCCCAGAUGACAUGGAGUUUGACCAUGAACCACACUCAGUUGCCACAGGGAUACCAGCCUUGGGGAUGUAUAGUGCCCCAGAGUAA